GGGCACAGGUGGGUGGCACUGGUGGGCACAGGUGGGUGGCACUGCUGGGCACAGGUAGGUGGCACUUCUGGGCACAGGUGUGUGACACUGCAGAGUGGCACAGGUGGGUGCACUGCUGGGCACAGGUGGGUUAUCUGCUGGGCACAGGUGGGUGCUCUGCUGGGCACAGGUGGGCAGAACUUGUGGGUGGCACUGCUGGGCACCGAUCAUCAGGGCACUGAUCAUCAGUGCCCUGAUGAUCGGUGCCGAUCCCUGCUCUGACAACUGCCGGUUCUCGGCAGUACUUUCCUCACGAUCUGACAGCGUGAGGAAAGUGCAGCCGAGAACCGGCAAUUCAAU